CACAGUGAACAGCACAACAUGUUUGGGGCUGAGGACCAGGAUUCCUCAUCUUGUGAAGUCCUUACUGGGACAACAAUAGUUGCUGUUGAGUUCAAUGGUGGAGUAGUCAUUGCAUCUGAUUCCCGAUGUUCUGCGGGGCAGUCUGUGGUAAAUCGUGUAUUUAACAAGGUGUACCCUCUGCACAAACGGAUUUAUUGUGCCCUCUCUGGAUCUGCGGCUGAUGCACAGGCUGUAGCUGAUUUGGUGCAUUACCAGCUGGAGUUGCACUGUGAAAACAUAGGAGAGGAUCCUCGAGUACUCACCGCUGCCAGUCUUACGAAGAACGUUACGUAUACUAACCGAGAUAACUUGUCGGCUCACAUGCUCAUUGCUGGUUGGGACAGUAAGAAGGGAGGUCAGGUGUAUGGGACACUGGAUGGAUCCCUAACCCGACACCCGUUCUUUGUUGGUGGCUCAGGAAGCAGCUAUAUUUAUGGAUAUGUAGAUUCCGUCUUUCAUCCUGGCAUGUCACGCAAAGAGGGUGUCCAGUUUUGUACUAAUGUGAUAACCCUGGCGAUGGCAAGAGAUGGUUCCAGUGGUGGCGUCAUUUUCCUAACCAUCCUAAGUGAAGCUGGUGCAGAAAGCCUUAUCUUACGUGACAAAGAUCUGCCACGAUUUUAUGAUGAAUGAGUGCAACAUAAGGAAAAGUCUUGUGAAUUAAACUAUAUAGCGUCUUAUUUGUCACUGCUUCUGUGUCUUGCUAUGAGAGUGAUGCUUCCUCAGUUUUUUAAGGCAGUUGGUUAUGGGGUAAUACUUAGUAGUGUCAGAGUAUAUGAAUAUUAUAAAUGAAAAUUAUAUAUGUAUAUAUAUAUAUAUGUAUAUACAUAGUUUUUAUAUACUGUAUAUGGUUGAUGAGACCACAGGAUUAAUUAAAUAUGAGGUUAUUGACAACAGUUUCUAUUCCACUGUAAAUCCCAACCCCCCUUUCCAGAUGGUUUUGGCUGGGUGAAGACAUGUUUAUCCUAACUGAAAGUUAGCAUAGCUUUUGAAGCUCACCUCCUGCUGUGUAAAAGACAACAUUCCUAGAUCAGGAUACAUGCCCAUAUAUGGAUUUCCUGCCCAAGAUGUAGCCGAUCCGUCUGUGUAUAUUUGAAACUACAAACAGGUUCAAGAAAUUAUGACUUUUUACAACUACUCGUAAAAUGAUCCCUGCUGUUUAUGAAGACAAUAUCCUGGGUUUAUAAGCUAGAUAAACAGGUAAAAUUCUGACUACAUAGGGAUUAUCAUAGACUUGUUAAUUAGUUUUCUGUUUGUAUAUUGAGACAGUAAAAAUGUGACUGGCAGAGACACAUGUUUUAAAUUGUACUCUUAGAACCAUUGUUAAAAGACAACAUAAAAAUAAAUACAUUGUGCAAAAGGAA